AUGAAGGAGGCCGGGCAGCAGCUGCCGGAGGAGGAGGAGGAGGAGGCUUCCCCCAAGGCCUCCGACGUCGUCAACUUUGCCGGCAGCUGCACCCUCCACGGGGUCAGCCAUGUCUUCCUGCCGGGGCCGUUCACGCCGCGCCGCCUGGCUUGGGCAGGGGCGGUCCUGGCUGCGGUGGGCAUCUUCCUCUACCAGGUGGCCGAGCGGGUCCAGUACUACCAGGAGUACCACCACGUCACCAUGCUGGACGAGGAAGAGGGCAAGCGGCUCCUCUUCCCGGCCAUCACCCUCUGCAACUACAACCGCAUCCGCCGCUCCCGCCUGACCCGCAACGACCUGCACUGGCUGGGCCCGGAGAUGCUCGGCGUGGCGCCGCCGGACUUCCCCGACUACUUGCGGGCCCUGGGCUGGCCGGAGACGGACGCCAGCCCGCCAGGGUUCUUCCCCACCCGGACCUUCAGCAUGCUGGACUUUGUCCAGCGCACCGGCCACACCCUGGAGGACAUGCUGCUGGACUGCCGCUUCCGCACCCGGGAAUGCGGCCCCGAGAACUUCACCGCUAUCUUCACCCGCUUGGGCAAGUGCUACACGUUCAACUCGGGGGCCCCAGGCCACGAGCUCCUGACGACAGUCAAAGGUGGGACGGGCAACGGCCUGGAGCUGAUGCUGAACAUCCAGCAGGACGAGUACCUCCCUGUCUGGGGGGACACAGCGCCUUUCUUCUCCUUUAACACUGAAGAGUCGAACGCUGGCGUCUUGGCUCGGAGCGCUGGGCCUGGCCUGGUGCAUGUGUUCAGUGGAGCGGGGCCUAACAGCAAGCCCAGGGGGCCGCUGUUCUACCUCCCGCCCCCGUGGGGCGACUGCAAAUCGGGCCCCAUCGAGUCCGACUUCUUCCCCAACUACAGCAUGGCUGCCUGCCGCAUCGACUGCGAGACCCGCUACCUGGCCGAGAACUGCAACUGCCGCAUGGUGCACAUGCCAGGUCAGGGGGUGGCGGUGGGCCUCCUGCAUUCCCCGGGAGGGGUGGGUGGGGACUUCCUGGUGGAGAAAGACAGCGAGUACUGCCGGUGCCAGACGCCCUGCGAGAUGGUGCGCUUCAGCAAGGAGCUCUCCGUGGUCAAGAUCCCCAGCAAGGCCUCCGCCAAGUACCUGGCCAAGAAGUACAACCGAAGUGAGCAGUACAUCCGGGAGAACCUCCUGGUGCUGGACAUCUUCUUUGAAGCCCUCAGCUAUGAGACCAUCGAGCAGAAGAAGGCCUAUGAGGUGGCGGGCCUGCUAGGGGACAUCGGGGGCCAGAUGGGGCUGUUCAUCGGGGCCAGCCUCCUCACCGUCCUGGAGAUCUUCGACUACCUGUACGAGGUGCUGCGGGAGAAGGUGCUGGGCCUCUACCAGAGCAGGAAGCAGGCGGGGGGCAGCGACAGGGACGACCUGGAGUACCCGGACUUCCCACGCAGCCCAGGCGGGGCCCCACCCCAGAUGCCCAGGUAG